AGGGGCGCGGUGACGUCAGACGCACACACCCGGGCUAGGGCAGAAUGGCGAGUCAGUGCGGUAGCCCCAGAUGUACGGCGGAGAGAAGAGGUUUUCGGCGGGAACUGGAUUCGUGGCGGUACAAACUGAUACACUGUGUAGGAUUCGAAAGCAUCUUGGAAGGGCUUUAUGGACCAAGGUUACUGAGAGACCUCAGUUUAUUUGAUGACUGUGAACCUGAAGAAGUGACUGACUGGUCUAUGAAUGAAAACUGUUCAUUUUGCCACAUAAGGAGAGAAAAAGUAAAGGACCAUAUUUCGUCUCUGAGUGUGCCUACAACACUGAUAUCUACUGAGGAAUCUUUAUCUCAGGGGCAGUCCCACACUGAACAACUUGAAUGCCAAGCAGACAAGUUUCUUAAUGCUAUCUUUCACAAAAAAGACCUUCCUCAGAACUGUGAUCGCAACAUUCCUCUAGUUGCUCAGGAAAUAAUGAAAAGAAUGAUUCGUCAAUUUGCAAUUGAAUAUAUAUCCAGAAGUAAUUACGCUCGUGAAGCUCAGCCUGGAUCAACCGAUGAAGCUGUUUCGGUCUCAAAUGAUCCGCCUGCCAAGCAAACCCAGAACUUUCACGAGGAGCAGGAAGGACCCCUCGACCUCACUGUGAAUAAAAGUCAUCAGAAAAAUUUUCAACAAGUAGAUGGAGUGCUCGAUCUAUCAACGAAGAAGAACAGCAUAAAUUCCACCGUAUCAACUGGAUCUAGUCCUGCAUCAACCACUAUCAAAUUAUCAGGUUUUAAGAAGGAAACUGAUGCAGGAGUGGUGUCCAACUCUACUGAGAAAACUGGCUGCAUAAAUCAUGAAGCAUUAAAUGAAAUUUUAUCUACUUUAUGCCCUAAUCAUCGGAAACUUCUGACUACAAUGCUUAAGUGUCUAAUCCAAGAGAAAGACGUUUCCAAUGUGCAAUACAGAGAUCAAAGAAUUACACAAUUUAAAAAUUCCUCACCUGAUUUCAAUGAAAAUAAAAUAUGUGAGGGAUUAUGUAACUGUAACAGAUUCAAAUGGUGUGAAAAUUGCACCUUGCAAACUGUACAGCAAGUUCCUUUUCCAUGGGUUUCUUGCUGCUUAAGAAACCUACGUUGUUUAUCAUGCAAAAAAGGAACUCAUGGCUGUCUCACCAUAAUAAGUAAUGGAGUUUGCAAACAGUGUAACAGAAGCAAUAUCUACCAGAUUUGUACUGGGUCUUAUAAACAUUUGUCUGGAUGCACUUAUGCUGAAGAAAGUACCAUUCAAGCUUGCAGUGAACCUCCAGAUGAAGAGACUUGCAGCAUAGAAACACCAGAAUCUUCAGCCCUCCCAGGUAAUGUCACAGAUUAUAGUAAACCACGAAGUCCAUCCCCUCCACCUCUAUCACCAGUAAGAACUGAUGAGUUUGAAAUUGAUGAAAUGAGCAAAACUGCUUCAGCUUUGAAUGCUGAUAGUAUUGAGCUUAUUAUUACUCACCCUCCCUCUCUCUCACCAGAAGAGGAAAAGGAUUGUGACUCAGUAGUCUCAGGCCAAACACACAAGUCAAAAUUUGCAGAAAAAUUCGAGGAAGGAAUAGAUGAGUUUGUGGCAGUUGGUGAAAUUAGUAGAUCAUCAGAUUCUGAGAAUGAUCUGGAAAAAGGUGAAAAUUCUGCUUCGUUUCAGGAGGUAAUGGAACGAAUAAAUGAAAAGUUGAAAACAAUAGAAACAACAGAUGAUGGCCAAAUUUUGGCUGAUCUCUUCAACAAUGAUUCUUACCAAGGCAGUAAUGGUAGUUUUAAGUUGAGAGAAAUUGCAGCCACUUUGCUACACAAAGCAAAGGUCAGCGAUUAUAGCCUAAUGGAGUUACUUAGGCAGCAUGAGGAAAACCGAAUAAUUCAAACACGUUUUCGGAAACGUCAAGAAACGUUAAUUGCUCUGCAUAACUCUCCAGAUUCUCCAUUAUCUCGACGUCAAACAGUGCAAAUAAAGAGAGACCUUGCAAAUCUUGACCAGCUUUUUUCAAGUAAGAAAUCGGCAUCUGAAAAAUUUGGAAAGCGGCUAGCAAGGAGCGGCAUUAGAGAUGCAUGCUCACUAGCCAGAGAAUAUUCGCCCAUCAGUGAAGAUUUGCAAAGUGCAAACAACAUAAAUAAAUAUUGUGGUGGUUUCCAUGAUCCAUGCAAAACUGAAUUUAAGAGCUUAUCUGAAGAGCAUGUAUUUGGUGAAUCGGGAGACGUGACAGAAUGCAUAAAUUCACCAGAGAGUUCAGACUUGGAUCUGUUAAACAUUCUUGAGGUAACUGACAUGGAUGUCGAGACUCCCAGGGAUAGCACUGACAACUCAGUAGUUGAUCCUGGUUAUAAAGAUGUGCCUGUGGUCUUGCAAAAUUCUGAGAAGAUAGAUUGUAGGUCGAAUAUUGGCAGGGCCAAACGAAAUAUUCUGCCUCCAGAAAGGUUUUCUAUAUACAUUACUGAGCCUAGAAAAAUGUUUUAUGCUGCUUGUUUUUCAGAAAAUCCCCAGCGUAAACCUAUUAAGACAAAAAAACCUGACCUGGGCUGUGAGAGUAGUGCUAGUAAAAUGUCUAACACUGACAGCCCCAUGAAGCAAGAGCUACUCAAUGGACAGGACAAUAUAAUUGUAUAUGAAGUGACUGAAAGCUUAGAAGUAUCCACUUCUAGUCAGACUGAACUUCUGAAGGGCAAAAAUAGCAUAAGCAAUGAAAAUCUUGGAAAUGAGCCUAAUAUACCUGAGGUGGUACCAAAUGAACUUGUGGAUCAAUGUAAUAAUAAAAUGCAGAAGACAACUACAGUGUUGAACACUGACCCAGUGGAAGCAGUUUGUUCCAUGGAAUGUAAUGGCCCUGCACAAUCUGAUAUUUGUAUUAAUUUUUGCACUAAGGAUUACUCAAAAUUUGUGGACAAGCAUGGAAUUUUGGAGAAUGCAGUAAACAAUUUACUGUCCGGUUCACCUGAAUCUGGAGCCGCAAAUAUACUUGAGUCUAAUUCACUUUUAGGCAGUGACUACCUGAGUGUAAUUUCUCCAUUGCAGCAAAAAGACUCUGCAGAGGAAUUUCAUGGCAAGCCUGAUAGUCUACAACAUGCAACUUGUGAAUGCUCAGUUUUUGAGAAUACUGAUUCUACAAAUAAAACGGGUCAGAAUUGUCCAAGUAGCUACAGCAGCCCCAUAAAACUAAUGUUUCUGUCUAAGAUAAGCAGUGAAAAAGGAAUUAAAUAUACACUGACAUCUGUAAACUCUUCUAAGGUUGACACAACCAGCUGUAUUUCAGACCUUGAUCUUGAUGUUCUCCUUAAAACACCAGAGGAAAGUAAUUCAUUCGCUGCUGAAAGUAGUAAUAUGCCAGAAUAUUUCCCAAACCGAUGUCCUAAAAGUGGUGAUACAGUGGAAUAUUUCCCAAAUUCAGUAGGUGAAAGCGGUCAUGCAGCAGAAUGUUUGCAGAGUUGUUCAGAAAGCUCACCUGCCUGUGAGGAAGUAAAUUGUAGUAUUGAAAUGGAUACCUGUAGUUAUAAUAGUUCUGCAUUUCGUUCCAACAGUUUUACAAGAAAAGCUGCAGUUGAAAUUACUGAUCAAAUAAUAGAAUUGGCAGCAACUCCAAAAGAAAUGGACGAGUCUAUUCUAAAACGCAAGCCUGGUCGUCCCAAAAAACUAGGCCCACCUGUGGAAAAACAGAUUAAAAGGCCAAAGGGCAGACCACCUAAACCUAAAGUAGAACUGUCCGAACCUGUCGAAUGUACAGCUGAAGCUCCAGAUAGUGGAAAAGUCAGUACAUUACGUUUAUCUUCCACAGACGAUAGCCGCAAUAUUAGAAUUACCGUUGUCUAUGGAAGAUCAAGACGGUUCAGAAGGUUUGUGUCCAAGAAUGAUAAAAUUGUAGUUAAUGCUACUAAGAGUGAUUUAAAGCAAACUUGUGAGAAACAAAUAGAAGAAAUGGUGCAGGGGUCUGCAAAGGAAUUUUUUGGUAAGCCUCCUAGUUCUGCAUCUUUGACCCAAGGUGAAAAUCGAUUUGAUUUAGUGAGACCCAUUAAAGAUAAAACUGUUUUGCUUCAUACCAGUGGCAAUGCUAUUUGUCCAAAUAGUAAGCCGACUGCUGUUAAAACUUCUAACAGUGGACAGCGAAAGCCUGGGCGCCCUGCAAAAGUUAAAAUUUCAGGUAUAUCAGUAACUGUUGAUGCAGUAUCACCUCAGGAAAGAAAAGUCAGUAUUAAUAGUGUAUUACCUCCAUUAGUCCAAGAGUAUUCACCUUCAAAUAAAUUGUCUGUAGAUGCAUCAAACAAAGAUGGUGAAUCAUCUGCAAUAAUACAAAAUGAUUGUGAAAUAAGUUCAAAGGAUAGUCUUGGUGACAAGAAAGCAAAAUCUGUCCUACCCUUGAGACAUUCUGUUAGACUCAAAAAACCAUCUCUACACUUCCUGCAUUCUUUCGCAAGCUCCAGUUCAUUUUCUCAAAGUAAUGCUUUGGUACACAAAUCUCGGAAAGUGCUUUUAAACAAACCAGGGAAUGAACUUGCUAAAAACAGAAAUUUGGAUAUUACUAUGUUAUCUGAAAACAUCACCUCAAAUCUUCCAUCAGGGAAUAAGAAAGAGGAAACCACAAAUGAAGUAGCUGAAUUUGGCUGUAGUUCGGAACUAUCAGCAGAUCCAAUUUUUGUAUCGAGCACUUCACUGAAAUGGUGGCACACCUCCAUUUCAAAACAAACUUUGCAGGAAGAACUUGACAAGCAAUUUGAACAGGUAAACCGUGGCUGGCUGCCUGUUGAUCCUGCAGAAUUGAGUACUUCUGACAAAAGAAAAUACCCAGGUCACUUAGAUAGAGUAACUAAAUCCGUGGUGAUUGUGGGUGACGAUAAGCAUGUUCAAGUUUCUCCUAUCCAAAUGUUGUUUCAGGAAAAUUGUAAUAUGGAUAAAAUUUGUGCAUGGUUCAUGCAAACAACAGAAACUCAUUCAUUAUCUAUUGUAAGAAAAGAGAAUGCACGUGAUCCUAUUGAAGUUCUGAAUGCUAAUGGAGUUUUAACAGCAGGAAGUCAAGUUGAUACUUGUCCAAAUCCUCAAGCAGAGCAUUUAAAAAAGCACCUUAAAAAAUUUGCACUAGAAUCUCCUGUAAAACCAAGAACGCACUUCCCUCCUUCAAGCAGAAUGUCCAAUUUAAAAGUCUAUAAAGACAGAAGGAAGCUUUUACGACUUUGCUGUAAACCACAACAUUCAAGCCACAAAGAAUUGUCACAGCAUCGUAGAGUUCAGUAUGAACAAUGGAAAUCUGUUUGGAAAUGUGUAAGCGGAAAUCCACAGUACCAAAAUCUGAAACCAAACACCAUGAAAACAGCAGUCAGCAAAAACAGUAAGAACACUGAGCUUGAAAUUAAUAGCUUUCCACCUGAGGGAGAGCCAGUAUUAAUGUCCAGUGGAAAGGAAAAUGAAAGCAAAGAUAAACUUAAACCUGUAAAUAGCAUAGAUGUUGGUUUAUCUGACUGUGCCACCGUACAGAACUUAAAUUCAACAAACUACCCCAAGUGCAAAAGAACUGAAAAACUUGAAUCCAUAGCAGAAGAUUCCGAACAAGAGUCCGUUCUGGAGGGGCAACACAAAACCACUUUCCAAAAUGCAAACUGGAAACUGGGCAAUUUUAAAGAGUGUAGGGUAUUUCUAAGAAAGAUAAACUCUCUGGAACAGAGCCAUUUUAGAAAUUACAAUGUCUGGCAGCAGUCCAAAAAUAGAUUAUCUGAUACUAAAGGCACAAGUAACCUUCAGAGGUACACUGAAGAACAUAAUGAUUCUUGCGGUGAAGUUAAUGCAUUUGAAACACAAAGUUUAAACUCUACAGGUCCUACUUUAUGUGAACUGAAAGGGAAGAGAAAGCACAAAGAAAGGACAAGUAAUGAGACUGGAUUAAGCAGUUUGCCAUCUAAAAAAGUUCAGCACUUUCCCAGCAAGUGGUCAAUGCCCUGCCAAGUUGACAACGAUCACUUUCCUUCACUGAGUAGCUACAGUAACCCAGUCAAAGAAAAUAAAUCACAAAAGGAAAAUGCAGAAAUAGUGAAGAGUAAUGCAGGGAAAAGGAAAAGAUGCCAAGAUGUGAGCACAACUGCAGCAACAGUGAAGAGGCUGAGACGGUCAUCUGUUGAACAAAGACUACCGUAUAAUCAAUUACAGUUUCAAAUAGGAAACUCAAGUUGAUGCAGGAUUAUACCGUAACAAUGGAUGACUGAAAUAAAACAAUGCAUCAGUUCCUACCAAGACUUGGCACAUCCUGUCAUAAAUUGAGAAUUUUAAGAAGAAAACUUUCUUAUCUCACUCAGCAUCACAUUAGUGCCUUAAUAUUCAGCCUACUGAUUCAGGUUGAAUGUAUGUAGCAAUAACACUUGUAUUUGCUGCUUUGUAGCCAAAACCUGAAGCUGUGUGAACAAUGUUGUAGAUAUCAGAGGUUGCACUAAUACUUUUUUGUAGAAAACAUUCUUACUCUUAUUUUGUUCUGUCUUGUAAGAACCGUUUAAAUCUACAGUUCAACAUUCCUCUUAGGUUACUACUAGAUCUCAAUGUACUUUACAACAAAAGCAUUAAUUGUCCAAAUAUUCAUUUUUUUUAAUGAGCUCUUCUGUUUGGAAUUUAUUUGCACCAAGCACAGCACGUUUGAAGGUCGCAAUGCAGUCAAGGUUUAUAUGACAUUUUUGGAAGAGAAAUGAUGGAGCAUGACGUAUUUUCAUUAUCCGUGUUUUUGAAAACCAUAGCACUUCAGUAAUUGUACUUUACUUUAUACUUUAUUCACUUUUGAUGUAUAUUACAUUGUAAUUUUUUAUAAAUUUGUAUCCUUAAUGAGUAAUUUGGUGAACUUUCAAAAUUUUAAACAGUUUAAAUUGUGUUUUUGUGGAAACAGCUAUUGAUGCAGGAGUAAAAACUACCUCAAACAGUUAAGUGAUGGUCUAGUUUAAACCUUUUGUUGGGUUGGAGGUGUCCAUUGAUACAAUAAGUGUAGACUGCAAUGGUACCCGAAGCUUUCUGUUACAAGUCGUCAGCAAUUAUUUGGUCACAGACUUGAGAAACUGGCCAUUAUAGUAUCAUCGUGAUCCAAAUACACACAGCAGCAUAUUUUUCCAAGCACUCUUCCUCAGUGACAUUUAACUCAGGGAAAAUAAAACUUGUAUUUUGUUUCCAGAUAACUAAGUCUGGAUAGAAGUGCCCUGUGGUAAUGUGUUACUAUUCUGAAUGUGAUUACCUGGAGUGCAGCAUUUCUCUACUAGAGUUUUUAUUUUUACAGCCAUGUGCACCUUGCUUAUUCAUUGCCCUGUCAACUGUAUUAAUAUUUAGAAAUUUUAAGUUGUUGUACGACAUUAUCUUGACUAGAAUGAGUUUUUUGGGUUGUAAAAUGGAAAAAAAAAGUUUCAUCUUUUAUUUUUGUUCACA